GUAAUGAAUUUACUACAAAAUUAUCAAAAUUAUAAUACGCGUGAAUUUCGAUAAAGUCAUCUUGAUUUUGAUGAAAAAACUUGUACUUGUUUUAUUUUAAUUCAGUUUAUGUUACAAUACAUGAUGAAAAGAAAUCUAUUUUGAAAGAUGGUGACGAUAAUGCAAUCAUUAUAAUUAAUUCUUAAAAUAUCAUCACAGUUGGAAUUGUAGAUUAAUUUUCAAAGUGUAAAAAAUAAUUCCUUUAAACCUUAUAUCUUUUUGAUAAAUUGAAAAAUGAUAAUUAUAAGUAAUUGUUUUGA